AUGUUUGCCAAACUCGACGCUGAGCCCGAGCCUGAUCUUGAUCCUGAAACCAAGGAGGAAAAGCGGAUUGGCAGCCAUGUCCCCGCGACGUCAGGCACAACUCUCCUCCCGCGUCCAGUAGCAUCCUUAGUGUCACUGCUUACCCAAUCGACCUCGUUGUCUCUGCGCGUGGGAACCUUCUUUGGUGGGGUUGCCCUAGAUGGAGCGCGCGCGACUACUCUGACGGGAUUCGAAGUGGGCCGAGCAGUCAUCGAGGGGAUCUUGACUCGAGCUGGGAGGGAUGUCGCGAUCCGAAGUGGGGAUGAGCAUGGCAGGCAGGAAGCCGAAUCGUUGCUUGAGCGGAGUUUAGCAACUUUGCAUACCACUGUGACCUCGGCAUCCUUUUUCGCUGCGGCCACUUUCCAUUUCUCAUCUGCGACGUUAGCAUCCGUUGCCAAUUUCUCACAGGCUCUCUUGUCAACUCUCGAUGCCAUCCUGGGCUCUACAGAAUCGUCGAGAGCCAUCGCAGCUAUCAUCACGUUGAUUCGUCGCGAGUUCAGGUCCGUGGAUCCCGCGACCAGCAACGAAAAUAUAGGCGUGGGAGACCUGCUACUCGGCUCUGUGGGGUUCGCACUUCUACAGCGCUGGGGCAAAAAGAAUACUGAAAGAAGUCUUCGAGAGAACGGCGGAGAUGAAGUGGUCUGGGAUACCGUUAUCUUGGAUAGCGGCGCCCGGGCAGAUGUUGUUGGGACGCAUCAAGUCCAAUUCCCGAACGGAAACGCCGAUGCAGUAGCCGAUCCUGAAAGUGCUUCGUUUGUUAUUCCGGGGAAAGGGGAAGAAGCCUUUGAUGCCGUGCAGCGACCAUCUAGCAUUGCUCGGACAUUCAGUGGAUCUCGUCUGUCGUUCCCUCUGGAUGAACAACAGCAGAUAUCGGAUGAAGAUGUCCGCGCCUAUAUAAUGAGCCAACUGCCCCAGGGCUGUCACGCUUCCAUCAAGUCAGAACUAUUGACGGCUCGCACCAUUACGGUAGAUAUAUUUGACGAUGAUAUGGCCGAAAUCGCUGCUCCUCCUGGAACUACGAUGGUCGAAGAACGACACCAUCAUGACCACAAUCAUUCAAAUGCGAGUGCUGGUGCCCCAGAAAGCCAACAGUUCCCGAGGCAUACAGUGGUAUUCCGCACGGCCUUCAAUAAAUCGCAAAGCACUCUGCUGCGGCCUCACGACAUCCCAGUUGGCUCAAAGCCAAUCGACACAGAGAAAUUGCAACGGCAUGUGCCCCGAACGCCACAGACUCCUCCAAGAAGGAGCCGGAAUCAAAACGGCGAUCAUUCACAGUCUGAUUCUGCAAGUGAUGUCACGAUCAAGGAUGCUGGUGUUUCCAGUCCCAAACCCAGAGAUGAUUGUGGCCAAAAGCAGCCAUUCGGAAGGAACUCAUUCACAAAGUUCACCCAGCGAGUGAAAUCAAAUGGUUCGGAUAAGAGCGACGAUAUCAAGCGCUUGGCGCUGAAGAAACCUAGCAUCAGAGCGCCGGCUUCAUCAAAGAAUGGCGUACGUCCAACCGUCAAACCCACCAAAGGAACGGCCGCUGUGAAAGACGCCACUGCACGAGAAGUCCCUAGCAAGCCGUAUUCCAAGAGACGGCCCCCAACCCCCUAUCACAGGCCAACCACCCCAGCCCCUACCCGGGGAAUGCGAAGAUCGCCUUAUCUUACAUCUCCCCAGUCUGCACGCUCCCAUGUCAAACAUACUCUUUCUCGGGAGGUGCAAGAUCGAACGAGCUCCAGGUCAGGUCAUUUCGCAGUGCAUGAAAAGAGUCAGGAGUCCCUCUUGACCCACACCGAUGCCUUCUCACGCCGUGCUGGCGAUCUAAGGCCCGGAUCGCCUGUAGCCGCUCGAACCCAUGUUCGUAGCACCAGCUCUUUGUCUGUAUCAAGGUCCGAAACAGACGGCACGAUGUCCGCAAAUGAUCACCGUCCCAGCUCUUCGGCUUUGCAUCGGAGAUCUCAAUCAUAUACUCCUAGCAUGUAUUCCGUUGCUACUGCUGGCUCCGAGACAUCUCUUCUACUGGCACAUCGACCGCGCAAAAGUACAUACGAAAAUACGGCGACCAUCCAAGCACUCAAUCGCGAUGGAAUUGUGCCAGGUAUUUUCCCAGAGAGACAUUUUGUCCAAAAUGUUCGCAGGUUCUGUCGGUUUUCCUCGGCAUCAUACGGUGCCAGUGCUCUUAAGGUCAUGGGUGUGCCCCGAGGCACAAAGAAUCUUCCUCCUAUCACCUCAGACAGUCAUGAGCACCAUGCAUUCUCCGAUCACGCCGGGCUUCCGCCUUCAACAAUCCUCCUAUCAUCCUUCGUCGACCCAGCCGGGGGUUCGAACGCCGCCGGUGAGACUGAAAGUGGCUUCCCACUCGUGCACUAUUUAUCAAUCGACCACGAAUCAAAAGCCGUUGUCCUCACCCUUCGCGGAACAUGGGGGUUUGAGGAUAUUCUCACAGAUAUGACCUGUGACUACGACGACCUAGAAUGGCAAGGCAAGAACUGGAAAGUGCACAAAGGCAUGCACGCCUCUGCCAAACGCCUCCUAGAAGGCGGUGGUGGCCGAGUGAUGAUCACUCUCCGCGCAGCCCUAGAGGAAUUCAACGACUACGGUGUCGUGCUAUGCGGUCACUCUUUAGGCGGCGGCGUAGCAGCCCUCUUAGCAACAAUGAUCGCCGAACCAAACAACUCCCUCCACGGCACAUCCUUUGUCACAGCAUCCUACAGUCCCCACCGCCUCUUAACAGUAGACAGCGAUACAAGCACCAAAGCUGAACCAGCUCCAUCUUACGACCUCCCAACUGGUCGUCCGAUCCACGUCUACGCCUAUGGUCCUCCGGCCGUCAUGUCCCCAUUCCUCCGCCUGGCAACCCGCGGCCUUAUCACCACAGUGGUCAACGGCUCCGACAUCGUCCCUUCCUUAUCCCUCGGCAUACUUCACGAUAUGCACACAGCCUCAUUAUCCUUCAAAUCCGACAUCUCAGGCGCGAAAUCACAUAUUCGGUCCCGUCUGCACGACCGACUCCGUCAAUCCAUCAUCCACAAAUUCUACGUUAAUCAGCCUCCCCUCGUCAUCAACGCCGGCGAUGGUGUAGGCGAAGAUGCAUGGGCGUGGAAGACGCUCCGGAUGCUGCGAGAUGAAAUGCGUGCGCCAAAACUAAUGCCUCCCGGUGAGGUUUUUGUCGUUGAAACGAUGCGCGUAUUGCAGAGAGAGGCGUUUACGGCGCCAGAGUUCGUAAGGGAUAGUUAUCCCAGGCUUGGACGGCCAGCGACGAGGGUUCAAAUGAGAUUUAUUAGGGACGUGGAUGCUUGGUUCGGAGAAUUGAAGUUUGCAAGUGGGAUGUUGAGUGAUCAUAAUCCGGCGAGGUAUGAGACUAGUCUGGCGGCGUUGGCCAGGGGGGGUUCUGGAUGA